GAAACCGACCAGUUAGAUCUCAGCAUUCAGCAGAAACCAGUGUCUUCGUGUAGAUCGCCCAAAAUCUCUCACAGUGCAUCGCUUUCACUGCGAUUUCGUCACUCUCUAAAACCCUAAUUCUCUCUCUUUCUCUAAAGCCCUGUUCUUGUACUUACUUCCCAGAAAACAAAAAUUCCAUCUUUUUCAAUGUCUGCACUUGCAAAACCCUAAAUCCCCAAAUCCAAUUGUGAAACCAAAUUGAAUCCCUUUUCGUCUCCGAAACGGCAAUUCUCAUUCGAUUCGACUGAUUUGUCAUCCCUUCAAUAAUCCCAAAUCAUUUCUCAACCAAAAACCCCUUUUUUUUUUUUUUUUUAAUUCAGCACAGACCCAGAUUGCCAUUUCAGCUAAAGCCCCAAUCUUUCAGCAGAACAAAGUCAGUGACCGACUCAGUGAGUCGCAUUCCGAGAAAAUUUUCCGAAUUUUGUUGGGUUGGUGGGGGCAGAGGAUGUUGAUGGUUGAGAACUAUGGAGGGAAGUAAAGUGGAGAAUGGAAGCUCAAGCGAGGGUCGGCCUCCGAACCCUCUUUCGACCGCUGCGGCCUACUGGCAGUGUGGCUUUAGCCCCGCCAAUGGCGUUCCAGUGCCGUGCAAGAAAUCACUCGUUCGACACCCGUCUCUUAUGAAGACGAAAACAAAAGAGAUCAAAGUUGAGCCGGGAGUUCAAGCAGAGGACUUUGAAUCUAAUUUCAUUCCAAUUGUCCGCUCCGGAGCAUGGGCUGACAUUGGGUCUCGUCCAAACAUGGAAGAUGUGUAUGUCUGCGUGGACAAUUUUAUUGACGAUUAUGGGCUCAAGGAUCAUACCGAUGGCCCGAGCGCCUUCUAUGGGGUGUUUGAUGGACAUGGAGGAAAGCAUGCGGCUGAUUUUGCUUCAUCCCAUCUGCCGAAGUUCAUUUUGGAGAAUGAAGACUUCCCUACAGAUAUUGAACGGGUUGUCACUUCAGCAUUUCUGCAUACUGACACUGCCUUUGAGGAAGCUUGCACCUUGGAUGCCAAACUUGCUUCUGGUACCACUGCAUUGACAGCUCUUCUCAUUGGAAGGUUGUUGGUGGUUGCAAAUGCUGGAGAUUGUCGAGCAGUGCUGUGCCGCCGUGGAAAAGCAAUUGAAAUGUCAAGAGAUCACAAACCAAUUUGCAGCAAAGAGAAGAAACGGAUCGAGGCAUCUGGAGGACAUGUGUAUGAUGGUUACCUUAAUGGGCAACUUAACGUUGCUCGUGCCUUGGGAGACUGGCAUAUGGAAGGGAUGAAGGCCAGGGAGGGUGGGCCACUCAGUGCAGAGCCGGAACUUAUGACCGCAAAGUUGACAGAGGAGGACGAAUUCCUUAUCAUUGGUUGUGAUGGGAUCUGGGAUGUGUUCAGGAGUCAAAAUGCUGUGGAUUUUGCUCGUCGGAGGCUUCAGGAGCACAAUGACCCAGCCGCGUGUAGCAAGGAUUUGGUUGAUGAGGCUUUGAAGAGGAAGAGCGGGGAUAACUUAGCUGCUGUCGUCGUCUGCUUCCAACCACAGCCUCCGCCUAAUUUGAUUGCCCCUCGCUCAAGAGUGCAGAGGAGUUUUUCGGCUGAAGGUUUGAGGGAGUUGCAGAGCUUCUUGGAUGACUUGAAAGCUUGAGAUAAUGUCGAAUGCUUUACCCUUUUUCCCCUCUACAUCAUGUGUUUGUCUAAUUGAAACUUUCCAUUGUAGUUUUACUGAGAUUUUCGAGUUCCAACUGUAAUAUAUGCGGCGGCCAAGUCGGUAACCUAAUUUGUUUCCCUGUAUAACUCUGAUUUAACUCGUGUAGACGGUCCUUGAUAUGAUUUUAAAUAGUUGAUGGGAUUUACAGUGGAA